UUGCUCACAUCUGUGGAUGCUCUCCUCUUCCUCUCACGGAAACCCACCUUGCUUCACCGCUGCCACUGACCUCUGAUCUAUUUCCUUUCUUCUUCUUCUUCUUCUCUCCCGUACGUCGGCAUUAUUCCUCAGCUCUACACAAUGGCAUUCUCAUACCAUGAGCAUAAUAACCCUUCCUUUGUGGAGUUUGCGCAUCUUCCAUGCACGCCCACCGAGAUUCCCUUCCUCCCACAGCAAUUGGAAGACGUGACGACCAGUGCUUCCUCUUGCUUCCUCCACUGCUACUCGCAGCUGCCGGUAGCCGAUGCCACUGGCUUCGGUAGCAGCGGUUCUCUUGACAUUGCCGGUUUAAAGCCUCCUUCGGUUGCUAACCACGUUGGUCACGCACCAAUGGUGGGCGAACCCAGUGACGGCGUGGCCCCGCAGCCACAAGGAUCUGGAGAAAAGAAGAGAAAGAUCGACAAAGAUGAGACCAGCUUGAUCGCCGGUCGAGCCAAGGAAGGCAAGAUUUGCAAGCAGAGAAGGCUGAGGGAAACCGACGACAAGAAACCUAAAGCCGACGACACGAAAGCUUCGAAGACUUGCGGGGAGUCUCCCGCGGGGUAUAUUCAUGUAAGAGCAAGGAGAGGUGAAGCCACAGAUAGCCACAGUCUCGCAGAAAGGGUGAGACGAGAGAAGAUAAGCGAGAGGAUGAAGGUGUUGCAGAGUCUCGUUCCCGGCUGCGAGAAGGUUACUGGGAAGGCACUCAUGCUGGAUGAGAUCAUCAAUUAUGUGCAGUCCUUACAGAACCAGGUCGAGUUUCUCUCGAUGAAGCUCGCUUCUCUCAACCCCAUGCUAUACUUUGAUGCAGACUCUGAUGAGUACAUGAGCCAACCAGAGAAGAUGAUGAAGCUGCAGAGAUCAGUGGGAAGCAUGCCACUGCCAAUGUCAUCAUCUACUGUGCAAGCCAAUCAACUUCAACCCAUAGCUCUAGAGAAUGGUGAAGUGAUGAGACAGUCAGCACAAUUUUUCCUGCAGGGCCAAGGGACCACUCCCUUUCCUCAGGGUGGUAGCAGUUACAUGAUGCAGGCCAUGGGCGACCAAAGAGAGGACACCAACUCUUCUUCCUUCCAGUAGUCAGUUGCUCGGUGAGAGAGAGAGUUGAUGGGUCUUCGUUCCUCAAUGGAGAUUGCAAAGUAGACGUCUGAAGAAGAAGAAGAAGGUGAAGCUGGGGAGAGAAAGGAGAGCCGACACAAAAUAAAGAGCAGAUCUUGGGAGGAUCUUUGCUGUUGGCCUAUUGGACCAUUGGGAUGAUUCACAGAUUCCGAGAGAGGUAGCUGAUGUAGGUGGAAAAUAGUAAAAACUAUGUUUACAACAUUGUCUGUCAGUAAUCUUACAGUGUUACAGUAUGUGAGAGGAGAUGAGAGAGAGAGAGAGAGAAGGAGAGGGUGGUCAUUUGCAUCAUAGGAUGCUGAUAUGACAGCCGUAGAGUUUGCCUUUGGCCUCUGUGAAUAAUAAGUUCCACCUUUUGCUCUGAA